GUUGGCCCGGGAGGUGUGCGCUGUUUAAAAAGUGGCGGCGGAUGAUCCCGAGGUGACGGUUCCGGGCAGCGGAAACGACUGAGAACUAACAGAGCAGGCAGCGCGAUACGGUAGAAGCGGUCUGACGAAUCUCUCUCCUCGGCUUUGUGGUAGCUGUGCCCGGUCAGUGUGACGCUAUGGAGCAGCUGGUGAUGAGAAAACUGGUGGCUGGACUCGACAUUAACAUCAUGCGGAGUAACGGAGUCGUACACAGCGCGAGCAUAACAUCCGUCAAUCUGGACCGUUCAUCUGUCCAUGUAGAAUGGAAAGAAGCAGACACGAGUAAAGGGAAAGAGAUCUCGUUCAUCGAUGUGGUGACUGUGAACCCAGAGUUUUUGGAAGCCACCUUUGACGCCCCAAGUGCAAAAGAGAACAUGCCACCUCAAAGGAAUAUGUCUACCCAAAAUCCGAAAAGGAAAACGGUCUCCAGAAUCCCCGCUCCCAAAGAAGUGUCCGUGCAGAAUUCUGUUGUAGCGGAGAUUGGAGCACAGACAGCACUGCGAGCACGCUCAACCAGGAUGACCUCCAUUCCCGAGACCCGUCCAGCUGACCAUGAGAUGGAUGUGGAUCCUGCACCACAGCCUGUCGUACAGCAAAUUACAAGUGCCAGUGUACGAACCCGAUCCACCAAGCUCAGCAGCAUCGGUGAUCAGAGGCUACUACCGCGUGUGACUGAAGUGGUCGAGGAGUCUGCGCCUCCGAAUGCAAAAAACGGUCAAGCCAGAAGAAAAUCAAAUAUAGUUAAAGAAAUGGAAAAAAUGAAAAGCAAACGUCAUGAACAGAGAACACAACACACAGAGUUAAGGACCAAACGAGUGCAGGACUAUGACACAAGUGUACCGAAUUGGGAGUUUGGAAAGAUGAUUAAAGAAUUUAGAGCAACACUGGACUGUCAGAAAAUCAGCAUGGCGGACACGGCAGAAGAGCAUCGGCUGUGUGUGUGCGUCCGUAAACGGCCUUUAAACAAGCAAGAGCUGGCGAAGAAGGAGUUUGACAUCAUAUCUGUUCCGAGUAGAAGUGUGGUCCUUGUGCAUGAGCCGAAACUGAAAGUGGAUCUGACCAAGUACCUGGAGAACCAGGCGUUCCGUUUUGAUUUCACAUUUGAUGAGACUGCGACAAAUGACAUGGUUUAUAGGUUUACAGCCCGGCCUCUGGUUCAGUCCAUAUUUGAAGGCGGGAAAGCGACCUGUUUUGCUUAUGGGCAAACUGGAAGCGGGAAAACUCAUACGAUGGGUGGCGACUUCUUAGGGAAAAAUCAGAAUGUUACUAAAGGAGUCUAUGCUUUUGCAUCACGUGACGUGUUUCUUCUCCUCUCACAACCUCGAUACAAUGAUUUGGAUCUUGAUGUUUUUGUGACCUUUUUUGAGAUCUAUAAUGGAAAGGUAUUUGAUCUUUUAAACAAAAAAGCAAAACUUCGUGUUUUGGAAGAUGCAAAGCAGCAGGUACAGGUUGUAGGACUGGUUGAGAAAGAGGUCACUUGUGCAGAAGAUGUCUUUAAAAUGAUUGAGAUCGGCAGUGCCUGCAGGACGUCCGGGCAGACCUUUGCAAACAGCAGCUCUUCACGCUCCCACGCCUGCUUACAGAUCAUCCUGCGCCGGCGAGGUAAACUUCAUGGCAAGUUUUCCCUGGUGGAUCUGGCUGGAAACGAGCGCGGUGCUGAUACAGCCAGUGCGGACCGUACAACACGCAUGGAAGGAGCGGAGAUAAAUCGCAGUCUACUGGCCUUAAAGGAAUGCAUCCGGGCCUUGGGACAGAACAAAGCGCACACACCAUUCCGGGAGAGCAAACUAACCCAAAUCCUGAGAGAUUCCUUUAUUGGAGAGAACUCCAGAACAUGCAUGAUCGCAAUGCUGUCUCCAGGGUUCUCCUCAUGCGAGUACUCGCUCAAUACACUGAGAUAUGCAGACAGGGUGAAAGAGCUGAGCCCUUAUAGUGCAGAGACCACCAAUAAUCAACAGAUGGAAACGGAGCACAGCGAUGAGUCUGAGUCAGAGUCCACUCUGGGAGGGCUGGAUUUCCAGGAUGAUCUGUCUCUGAAGGAUGAAGAACUCUCAUCCCACAUGAACAGUUUCCAGGAUGCACUGAGCCGUAUAGGGGAGGUGGAAGAGAAAGCAGUGGAGGAGCUGAAGGAGCUGGUGCAGAAAGAACCGGAAUGGACGAGCUUGUUGGAGAUGACUGAGAAACCAGAUUAUGACCUGGAGAGUUUUGUGAUGCAGGCGGAGUACCUCAUCCAGGAGCGCUCUAGAGUCCUCAUUGCCCUGGGUGAGAGUGUGUCGUCCUUGCGCUUGGCCAUGCAGAUGGAGGAACAGGCCAGCAAGCACAUCAAUAAAAAGCAGAAGCCUAAUAAAUGAAUGUACACUAUACCCUACAAGAGCCCCCUGUAUAAUUUGUCUCAUCGCUGCAUAUAUAUUAUAUAUAGUUGGUUUGUCUUAUUUUAAUGUGAUCAUUGUCCAUUUCUAACUUGUCUUUCUAUUAAUAAAGUCUUUGUAAACAGCUUGACCAAUGGGAACCAGCAGUCUCUGCAGAUCGCUUACCCAAUUUACCUUAAUAUAAGACUACUUGUUUUUAACUCUGUACUAACUUUCCUUCUUUGAGGGUGGCCAUUGGGGUUUUAUGACUUGUAUUCUGGUAAAUACGGUAUGUUGCUGCUGUACCUUUUUUGAUUUUAAUUCUUUUGGGUCUGCAGUGUAAUGCUAUGACCAGCUCUGUUGCGGACUAGGUCCUACAUUAAACUGAAGCUGUUAUGUACAGGUUUUGUUUUUUUAAAUGUGUUUACAAUGUUUCUAUAAAGACAGAGCACAGACUGACACCAGUUUGUCUUUAAUAUUAAGCAAUAAACAGCCAUGAUUAUUA